AUGAAUGAUUUAUUAACUAAAGUAUCAAGCGAUAUUCAUGAUUAUGAGAUGCAGGAAGCGCAUGACGAUAAUUAUGAUGAUCAAAUUUUUAUACAAGCACUGCCAUCAAUAAACCUAUUUAAUUCAAAUGUUAAGGAAACACCUAUGUGUAAUUUAACUAAAGAAUCGAUUGCAUUCGUCUGGUUUCAAGUGCUGAUAGAAAUUUUAACGCGUCUUGAACAUAAAGAUGACGCAAAACAAGAUAUGGUAAAUGAAUGUCGUGCACGUUAUAUAGAUAAACAAAUAUAUUUCGAUAAGAUUAAGGAAUUUGACGAAUGCUACAGAUCACACGAAGCUAUUAUCUGGUAUACUCUUAACACCUUUUUCUUUCAUCUUUUAAAUCAAGCACUUCGAACAGAAAAAUGGUCUUAUAUAUCAAUGAAUGGUGUUUUAUCAGCGACACGAAUUGAACGUGUUGCACUCAUGUUUGCUGAUGAAGGUUGCAUACGUCCAGAUUAUGAAUCAGUUGUAUUUGAAUUACAUCUUAGUACUAUAAACACUUGUACAAAGCCAUUUGCUGAUAUAGUACAUUUAACUCUUUCGGGACGGGCGUGGUAUAUAUACCACCUGGAGUAUUUCUCAAAAUUUGAGGAUGAUAUAUGUUUCAAAUCAAUCAAAAGGUUAAGUAAGAUGAAAGACGAAUUAGAGGUAUUAUUUUCAUCUGGAACGAUCUGGCGUAUUGAAUCUGUUUCUCAUAAUGAUAGUAAUAAACGUUGGAAAGUCAAAUUGAAAUUAGGUAGUGAUAAUGAUUUAGAAUCCAUUCAUUUAAUGAAUCAAUUAAAAAGUCGAUUAAAUAAUGAAUCAGCGUGUACAUUUAUGACAUUAGGUAAUUUUUUACUUGAGUUAAGUAAGUAUGAUGAAGUGGAAAUUUAUUAUCGACGAAUGCUGGAUGAAUUACCACCAUUACCACUAAAUGGUAAAGAUAACAAACGAAAAGGUAUGAUUUAUAAUAGUCUUGCUGUUAUUCGAUUUGAAGAAGAAAUGGAGAAAAAAAAGCAAUGGAAUAUUAUCAAAAAGUUCUAG